GUUUGUUUGUUUGUUUGUUUUGUUUGUACUUUUUUAGUGAUUAACUUGUUCUGACACUACAAUAACAUCAUGCCGGGUGAUUGGUACAGUAACGUAAUACACGGACAGCUUUGUGUCUUCAGAAUUUAGCAGAAAUCAAUAUAUGCUCCUGUAUCACCCUCGCUGUCACUUCUACAGGCCUGCACCUUUAAAAAACAGGCAAUGGCCACUUUGUAACCUGAUCAAGGCUUGAAUAAAUGAUGGAGCAGUAUCUGGGUUCACUAUUGCCACGGUUGUUGCUGUUUGCAUUUCUAAGGACAGAAACCAGCUGAACAAAGAUAAUCAGGCUGAAAGACAUUUAAACAGCAUCUUGCUAUUACUGACCCUAAGGAUGAAUCCUGAGUAUGACUACCUGUUCAAGUUGUUGCUGAUUGGGGACUCUGGUGUAGGAAAGUCGUGUUUACUUCUACGGUUUGCUGAUGACACCUAUACAGAGAGCUACAUUAGCACUAUUGGAGUGGAUUUUAAAAUCAGAACUAUUGAAAUGGAGGGGAAGACUGUUAAACUGCAGAUUUGGGAUACAGCAGGGCAAGAGCGAUUUCGAACAAUAACAUCCAGUUAUUAUCGAGGGGCACAUGGGAUUAUAAUUGUCUAUGAUGUCACAGAGCUGGAGUCUUUCAACAAUGUGAAGCAAUGGUUAGAAGAAAUUGACCGCUAUGCCUGUGAAAAUGUCUCCAAGUUGUUAGUCGGUAAUAAGAGUGAUCUUGCCUCAAAAAAGGUGGUAGACUUUACCACAGCAAAGGAAUUUGCUGAGUCACUCAAAAUCCCAUUCCUGGAGACGAGUGCCAAGAACGCAAACAACGUAGAGAAGGCAUUUUUAACAAUGGCCUCUGAAAUCCAGAAGAGGAUCGGGACAGACAGCGUUCAGAAUGAAGCAGUUAAAAUGGGAUCCAAAAUAAACAGUGCCCCCUUAUGGCCUGGUGGAGAGAAGUCAGUGGCUGAGGAGGUCAGCUCUUGUUGUUAGUGCUCAGUAUCUUUUAAUAUUUUUGUUUAUCAUUUUAUGUGUUUCUCUUUUUCCUUCUUUUUCAUUCUGAAUAUUAAAUAAGUCAUUGAUUUUAUGUUUCCAUGAGCUAAUGAAAGUUUUACAUGCCUUUUCU